CAUCGUAGAGUGGCAGUGGAAAAACUUGUCACCACUCACCAUAAUGAACAGACUAAAAUCAUACACUAUAGAAUCGCUUCUUAAUUUCGGAUCAGCUGAACAUUUCUCUCUAGCUGAAUUGAAGAGUCAAGAUGGCUAACAAUGAUGGAGAAGCAAGUGGGAAAAGCUCCAAAAAAGUUGCUCUCAACGAAAGGAUUCUUUCUUCGAUGUCGCGGAGAUCUAUUGCUGCUCACCCCUGGCAUGACUUGGAGAUUGGCCCUGGUGCUCCAGCAGUUUUCAACUGUGUGGUUGAAAUUGGCAAAGGUAGCAAGGUUAAGUACGAGCUUGACAAGAAAAGCGGUCUUAUUAAAGUUGAUCGUAUUCUUUACUCAUCUGUUGUUUACCCACACAACUAUGGUUUCAUUCCAAGAACUAUAUGUGAGGAUAGCGAUCCUAUGGAUGUCCUGGUACUGAUGCAGGAGCCUGUGCUACCUGGUACUUUUCUUCGUGCUCGUGCCAUUGGUCUGAUGCCUAUGAUUGAUCAGGGUGAAAAAGAUGACAAAAUUAUAGCUGUAUGUGCUGAUGACCCUGAGUUCCGUCAUUAUACUGACAUCAAGGAGCUUCCUCCUCAUCGUCUAGCUGAAAUCCACCGCUUUUUUGAGGAAUACAAAAAGAAUGAGAACAAGGAAGUUGUUGUGGAAGAUUUUUUGCCAGCUGACGCUGCCGUGAAUGCCAUCAAGUACUCCAUGGAUCUGUAUGCAUCAUACAUCGUUGAAACUUUGAGGCAUUGAUUUUAAAUAACUUGGGAGAUAAGUUGGCUAAUUUGAGUACUAAGGCUCGACUUCUCGAUGAAUGCCGAUUUGUUGAACUUCUAAUACUUCAAAUGUUCUAAGCUGAGAUUUAUGUCUGAGUUCUGAAACAAAAGAAAAAUGAAUGUUAAAGUACUCUUAACUGUCAAAUUACCCCUUAAA